CAAGAAUAUAAUAACCAUUCCCAUCUUGGUUUGCUUUUCUACAUAAAUAUAUCCAUUUCUCGAGGAAUCAAAGUAUUAAAUUAACACAAACUCUCUUUAUCCAAGUUUCAUUUCAUAAUUCCAUGGAGAAGAAGGUGAAGCAUGAUGACAGAGUGAAGGUGAUAGAGCAGUGUCAAGUAGGUCCUCCACCAGGUUCUGUUCGUCCAACCUCUGUUCCCCUUACUUUCUUUGAUGUUCCUUUUUUAUGCUUGCCUGUAACAUGCAAACGCAUUUUCUUCUAUGAAUUCCCUUACUCCACAACACACUUCUUACAAGAAGUGAUUCCAAAUCUGAAACAAUCACUUUCACACUCUCUCAAACACUUCUUUCCUUUCUCUUCCAACAUAGUUUUCCCUCAAAAGCCACAAACCCCUCACAUUCUCUACUCAGAAGGUGACACUCUCACUUUCAUAGUUGCUGAGUCCACGACAGCAAAUCUUGACAGCCUCGUAUCUGACACACCGAGAGAUGUCACGUGCUUGCACCCCUUUGUUCCUAUGUUGCCUUCUCCACGUGCCCUAGAGGAUGGCACCUUGUUGAUACCUCCUAUGGCUAUUCAAGUCACUAUCUUCCCCAACUCUGGCUUCACUAUAUGCAUCAAUUUCAGUCACGUGGUGGUGGAUGGGAAGGGAUUCCAUCACUUCAUGAAGUUUUGGGCAUCAGUUUGUGGGUCUAAAGAGAACAUUGUUACUUUGCCAAUCCAUGAUAGAGAUACGAUUAAAGAUCCAAAUGGACUUAAGCAUAUAUUCUUAGAAACAGUGUGGAAUUCUACAAGAGAAAGGUUCAUGAGUCUUGGCCACAAUGUUCCUAGUGACAAUGUUCGCCGCACGUUUGUGCUGAGGCGUGACCAUGUUGAUCAUUUGAAGAAAUACGUGUCUACUAAGUGCCAAAGCCAUGGUCUAGGAACGUUACAUUUGUCAACAUUUGUUGUGACAUGUUCUUUGAUUUGGGUUUGUAAGGUAAAAUCCCAAGAUAUUGUAAGUAAUGAUGAUGAAGAAUUAUACAUAUGUCCUUGGUUAGAUUGCCGUAACGUUGGUGAGUUGGAAAUUCCCUCAACGUACUUUGGAAAUUGUUUGGUUAAUGGCAUUGUUGCAAUCAAGAGGAGCAAGCUAGUGGGGCAAAAUGGUAUUUUUGAAGCAGCUGUUGCUAUUGGGAGCAAAGUUAGAGAAUUGCAAUCUGAACCUUAUAAAUGUGCCGAAACAUUUAUGUCAAUUUUUAGUAAAUGGUCGCAUCGUAUGUUGGGAAUUGCAGGUUCGCCAAAGUUGGAUGUGUACGAGACUGAUUUUGGAUGGGGAAAACCCAAAUUGAGUGAAGUAGUUCAACUAGAUCCUCAGUUGGUGUCCCUCUCUGAUUGUAGGGACAAAGAAGAUGGAAUAAUUGAAGUUGGUGUAGCACUUGGGAGGACUCAAAUCCAUAAAUUCAACACCAUUUUAGAAGAGCUUCUUGCAAUCAUUGUAGUUUGUGACUAAUCAAGUGGCACAAUCUUAUUAUUAUUGGUGUUUUUAAUCCCUUUUGGUGGUCAUGAUUUAUUGUUAUAAGUGGAACAAUGUUAUUGGAAUUCUAGAAUUUCAAGACAUG